AUGAAUGCAUCCCAAGCCUCGGAAAGUGGACCUUAUCCCACAAACCAAAGACCCUUUUUUUAUGCACACCCAACAGCGCAGCAACCAUUCCACAAUCCAUGGAUCCUUGGCCCUAUGUACAACCCAUAUGGCAUCCCAGCAGGAGGCUUAAGAAGUGGCAAUCCGUAUUUUCCGUUUUAUUCUGUUCCUCUCCACGAGUACCCUGGAUAUCUUGUUCAACAGCAUCCCAUGCAUAUGAGAGUUAACAGAAGACCUUAUUUUAAUGGUCAUCCACCCUCGCCCAUGUUUUAUCAAGCCACAAGGUUCAGGCACUAUACCCCCGGCAAACGAACAGAGACCAAAGAAACACAGACUGAUCCUAGACAGCCUGAAAGUAAACCAAAAAAACAUCAGGAUUAUGGUAUAGAAACGAAAGGCUGUGAUGCUGGAAAUAUGGGCUGUGUCCCAUCUGGUGUUGGGAAAGGACUCGAAAGUUCCUUGGAAAACCCAGAGAGGGCUGUAACUUCUGCUGUUCCAGAGAGAGACUUUGCCAAGAGCUCUUCAGGUGCUGUACAGUUCCGAAGCCUUCCCCCAUCAGGCUACGCCUUUGAGAAAGAGGAAGUAAGAAUAGAGUAUGCUAAUGGUGGUGCCCCUGCCAUUCAGCUGUGGAAAUCCUUCAAAGAAACCAUCCCUCUAUAUGAUGUGGCAAAGAAGACAGUCCCGGAGAACCUAAUGCAGAGAGAUAUGUUUGCUCUGAGCUCCUGUGAAGGAGUUGUAUAUGGGCCUCGUGAACAAGGAGAGUUGGUGCCAAGUAUUCCUUAUCCGGAAGAGCAAAAGGCUCUUGAGGAUGUCCAGGAGAAGGAGCCUCAAAGUAAAACAAAGUUGGAUUCAGAAAAACAGGGAGUUCCAAGCUACAGAACAAAGCCUCCUCUAGACGAAGCCAGAGCAGUGCAGCUGGCUGAACUAACGAGACCUGACCAGCCAAGGACAAGGCAAAAUGCACUGUUGUCCAAAAGAUCUUCUGGCUUGAAGAGGUCCAGUGGUUCAAAAGCUCCUCAAGAUGUGGGCAACCUUAUUCGGCAAAGGGAAUUAUUUCCAUCUGGCAUGGAGAUAAUAAGCGAUUCUUAUUUCCCUCAGAAGUUGGAUGAAAACCAUGAUGUGACCAGUGAAAAUUGGGCAGCUUCAGAAAAAAGCCUAUGGUGUGAUGAGUCGGAGAAAUACAUUCCUUCUGACAGCUGGUUGGCUUGUUUGGAUAAUAUGGAUCCUAACUUCAACUACAAUAUUUAUUUGUCUCAAAGAAAGCGUCCAAGUGUACUCACUCUUACCUCGGAUGAGAUGUCUUCCAUAGAUGAAGGCUCUUCAACUGACGAUGCACCAAUGUCUUAUUUUGCCCCUGACUACAUGCUUCCGAAGAGUAUGUGUACCUUCAAGAAAAGCACAGAGGGUGUGGGGAGAGAGAAAAUAAAAAGCGGAGGCUCCCUUAAUGAAGAUGAGGAAGUGGUAGGGAGUGAGCAGGCCAAUACCGGCUACAAUCGGAAUUUAAAGAGCUACUCAAGAGUCAAAGUUAAAGAGAUUUCCACUCGAAGUAGAAAGCUGGGCAUUCUCCCUAGGUCAUCCAGUAGCAAGCAGCUCUAUUCUCUCAAGAAAAAAGCUACAAAGAGCUUGUCUCCAUCAGAAGCUGAUGAUUCUGAAGAAUAUUGGGUGAAGGAACCCGAGGAGGAAGAAGAGGAAGAGGAAGAAGAGAAUGAAGAGAAGGACUACUCGAUUCAAGAAGAUUCUCUAUAUGGAACCUUGAAUCCUAGCAAAAGCAGCCCCUUCCGGCAAACUGGCCAGCAAGUGCUUUGGAGAAUACCUAAAAACGCAGUACCAGCACACUUCAUUAGUUGGCCUGCGCAAGAGAAAACGAAAAUGACUGGACUACCUACUAAAGUGAAGCGAGAGCAGGAGCAAGAAGAGAAUCUCUUUGAUGACUACAACUUCUGCCUGAAGAGGCCUGCAGCACAACAGCUAGAAAUACUUGAGCACCGAAAAAAAUCACCAAAGUAUUCAGGAAGGUUACAAGAGGAAGGUAGAAGAUUCUCAGCUGAUGAAUACUGGAUAAAAAGUGGUGCCAAGCCCAAGUUUGCUAGCCUGGGACAUGGGGGCCUCUCGCCCACAACAAAAAGCAGAGAGACAGAAAUGCUCUUUGGUUCAGACUUGUUGUGUGUAGACUCGCCAAAGAACAAGGGGGCGCGUAAACCUCCACACAAACGUAGAGACACAAGACGUGAUGCAGAAGUUGAAGAAUGGGAGAAGCCUAGAACUACCCGUCGCAAGGGGCGUGAAACAAAGAGAUCACUCUAUAAAAGAAGAUCAGAACUGUGA